AUGUUGCUCCAGCAUCAGAAAGAUCCCAUUGGAGAUAAUAUUUCCAUUGAAGAGAAAGCCGCUCUCGUCCAGCCAUUGUGGAUUGGCCUAUUUGAUUCCAUCCAGUCUUUCCUUUCGACGUUUUUUCSCAGUGCAGGUCUUUUUUGUGAGUUAGUUUCUUUGCUAAAAUCGCCUUUGAAAAUAGUGAUAAUCCCAAAACUGCGGCAUCGAAUCCAUUUUGGUACUUUUUUAUCUGGAGGCGGCAGCAGCAUUGCAUCAACACUCCCCGCUCAAGAGUCUAAUGAAUUGGCAGACUUUGCACUUCCCACACCAAGUGGCAUUAGAUGGACUGCGCAGCCAAUAUCGUUUUUGAGCUCAAUCAUAGAGAGCGGUCCUCGGGGCAUAAAAACCUCGGAGAUAUCAAAAAAGCUGCAUUUUGAUCCUCGUUCUUCUUACUUUUUUUCUCGGCGUUUGGAAGCCGUAAACUUGAUCGAAGCCGAAUCCAUAAAAUCGCAGUCCUCUAAUUUAUUGCGAGCAAAGAGAUUUAUACCAAGUUAUGGGAGAUCCAUUUCAUUGGUAAUUGCUUCUGGUAUUGAUGUCAAUCAGCUAGUGGCUCAAAUUUCAGAAUUAUCGGUGAAAGCAGGCGGUGCUGUUUGCUUGGAAGAUAUUGUAUCUUCCCUUUGGAGGAUCCAUACCAAGACCUCCUUGACAUUCCGGAAUCAAGAAACAGAAGAGCCGGCAUCUCCUUUGUUUACGGACGCAAUCAAAUAUCUUCUUAAGGGUCUAUUGGAUGCUGGCCAAAUUAAAUAUAUCGUAGCCACGGUCAAUAAUUCAUCGGCCCCCGUUGAGUGCUAUCAGCCGAUAGAUACGAAAGAAGGCUCUAAACGCAAGCUAUAUGCUGAAAAUAUAGACGCAGACGAGCAUGGGGGUGAAGGCGAGGGUGAAGCUGAAACUCAACUAACGCUGGUUCAAAAAUGGUUUAAAGCAAACUAUGCCUCUUUGAUUGGCAUUCCUAUCAAGAUUCAAAUUCUUGAAGUUUUAAGAAGAUUGGGCCCAAGGGGUGCUAUCAUUUCGGAGCUUUGCGCUUUGCUUAAUUUGAGACCAAAAGGGCUGGCUUCAUUGAUGGAGUCAUAUAAAUCUCCCAAAAAAGCUUCAACCCCCCUCUCUGAAAAGUCUAUUGUUACUUCGAUUACAGAACACUGUGGGAGGAGUAGAAGAAUCAGAUAUUUUUACCAAGGUCCUCUUGACAGGCCUCUUUCGAUCAAAUGGGUGCUUUGUCAACCCCGUUUUUCCUCUUGUUCUUCGCCCUCUUCAACGGAAGACACCAAGCCGAUCACUAAAGAAAAAGACCAAUUGGAGCCAAAAAAAUUCAAAGAAGAUGCCGACACAAAUACGCGAUCUAUCAGUACCACCAGAUUAAACCGAGAAAAAACCGUUCUUCAAUGGCUUUCGCAUGAAAAGGUGAUCCCCGUUACACGCGAAUUGGCGAAAAGAUUACAAGAAAACGAAGGAGACUUCCAAUAUCUGAUCGACACCAGAUCGGUGGUCAGAAUAGCUCACUCAUUGGCAUCCAGAAACCUGGCCAAAACACUUCCACUCAAAAUGAUAAACUCUGAACAGCAAAUACUGUUAUUGGUUUCGUUGGAUCUGCUCUCAGAAGGAUACCCUUUACAUAACCACCCCCAAAUACUAGGUGCCAUUGAAAAAGAAAAGGAAAGAUUAUCGGCACCAAGGACAGUAUCUUCAAGCCCCGCGCAAGCCCGGAACUCGAUUAUCAAAAUCAACCGCCUUUUCAAUGACAAUCCGACUGAAGAUAUUAAAAAAGUGGCUCACAAUGAAAUGCAAUAUAUCGACUAUGGAUUUGUCAAAAGCCCGAUCCGGCGGCUAUAUAUUUUCCAUUGCAUGAUCUUUCGACUCGCAUCGACUUGCAACAUGCUUGUUCCGAGCCCGGCCUCUGGAGCCAAGAUAUUUUCGGCGAAUAUCAACUCGCUAUAUUUGUGGGAAUUUUUGGCCCUUUUUAGCGUACCCAGGUCGAAGAGGCUUGCUACUUAUUUAGGAUUUGAAAAUCCUACGCUUCCCUGGCAAACUAUCCAGUCACGGCUUAAUCAAAAACUAUCCGAUUCUCUGCCAUGGAUCAAGAACUUUCUUAUUGACAAAAGAACCAUGGACACGCAAUGCGAUUCAAAUGACGAUUAUAACGCGUCUUUUGGUGGUGCCGACUAUCCGAUCCGGAAAAAAUGGCUUGCAUACCUGGCUUCUCUGGCAGAAUUGGGAAUCCUUUCUCCUUGCCAGGAUUUUUCGCCAAAUUUUACCGCACCUACUGGUGGCUUGAUUGUUUUGAAUCCAGAUUCUCAAACGCCUAUCAUCGGUGUGGAAGACCUGCCUAUGGUUCCUCCCCUACAGCUAGCUUUGAAGAGCCCAUCUGGAAUUGAUAUUUCAUGCCCUCUAGCUAUUGACAGGUUCUGGGCCGAAUUCGAAUUCCAGCUUAUUAGUGUUGUCUCUUCCAAGAAGAAUGCUGAUGAUAAUAGCUUCUUGAGUGUAGCAGAGAAUCCUGAAAGUUGUGAAAACUCUGGAAACUUGGAAAUCGCUGCCAUACCAAGUUCAGAUUUUGCAGAAGAAAACUCGGGCCUAUUGUCUUCAGAGUCUUCUCAAUAUGCGGCUAAUUUGUGUGCCUUUAUCCCUUUCAAUCUUCCAACAGAAUCUUCUAGCAUACUUGCUACACUAAAGUCGCUUUGUUUGUCCUUUUACAAACCAUUAGACGCCUUGUGUCGGUUUAAUUUUCGUUGCAAGCCACGCAAGUUAAUUUCAGAGCUCUUUACUCUUGAGCAGUGUCUGCCACUGGAAGAGAUUCUAAAGUCGUUUAAAAGUUGGAUUUCAAUACGCAAACCAUCUCCUAGUGAGACUCUAUUAGCACUACUUUCCAUAUCAUCGGAUUAUAAAAUUCCACUAUCUGUGAUGUUUUCUUCCGAAACCCUUCCAUUGAUUGCAAAUGCAUCUCAACAAGACAUCAAUAACAGCACAUUACUUUGUUCGUUUGAGGAAUUAAGGAUCCUGGUCGUUUUGUUUAUUUUAUGGUUUCUUUUUCCACCUCAAAUGGCAUCUGCCCUUUUUUGUAUGAUAACCAAUAACGAAGAGCUAAAGGAAAUGAAAACCAUUCUUUCCAUCUUGUUCUCGGAUGAAAAAGACGGCUACUCGCAUGAAAAUAUUUCCGUGGUGUUUUCAGAUGUUUUUCCGGUCAUCAGAUCCUCGAUUCUUGGAAAUGGAAGGCAUAAAACUUGGGCUGAAAAUCAAAUUAAGAGCUUCAUUCGCCCCAUUUUUGAUCCACUUGAUAGUGAUUCUCCGACUCCGCUAACCAAGCAGGCAUCGUGUAACUUUUUUGACAUUGCUGACUCGAUAACGCUUGAUUUACUGCUUCCAAACAGCACGAACCAUUGUGCCUCCACUUCGUUUGAAGAUAAAAAGCUAAAGCUUGGCAUAAACCUGUCCGUUCCUUUUGUUUCUACCGAGCGUAUUGAUCCAACCUGCCAAUCGGUCGUUCCAAGAACAUGUCUUUUUAGUUGCAGUGAACUUCAAUUCUGCAAUAGCAACUCUACUCUCAACGCCAUUUUGACUUCGGCAUCAUCAAGCGUGAAACGUAGGUUGGUAAUGUAUGAUUUGCUUCAUACGGGAUUUAUCUCAAAUACCGACAUCGCAGAGCCUGAAGACUGCUGCAGUGGCGAUGUAUUUACAUCUGAAAAAGGCGAUCAACGCAAAGUAUUGCCAUCAUCUCGCACAAGCCAGGCUACAUUUGUGGACUUUGAGCCUGAUGAAGAAUUAAUUGGAAGCAGGGCCAAUUUGGACAAUUAUUCGGACGAGUUAUUCAUUCGUGGCGAAGAAAAAUUUGCCAAUUCGUCUGUAGGCGGUUCAAACCAUUCCGCUUUAGUCUGUCAAUCUGCACUCAAAUCUGUCGUUGCAUUUGGAUCGUUUCCUACCGCCACUAGCUUUACUGGAAAUGAUGACGAGUACGCUAUGAGUGACAACAGUGAUGGCGUUGUUGAGGCUUUUCCAAUUGAAUCGCUAUUUGCAAUUUUUGGAUCGACUAGCCCAUCUAGGCUGGCAAAGAAGUCAUCUCUUUUGAUCCAAAUCGCCUUGGGAUUGAAGAGAGAUGGUGUAUUUACAAAAAGGUUCUAUUUUGGACAGGAGCUGCCCAUUUUAUCGUCCAAGUUACGCAAGGCCUGUUGUGGGCUAUCCUUAUCAUUCACCGAUCGCACUGGUCAAUCACUUGACCAAACCUCAAAUUUGUCUUCCAUACAAGCAAGUUCGGCCAUUAACCCACAUACAAAUUUUGAAAAUAUUAUUGAUGAUGUGAUCUCGGGGACCUAUGCGCUAUCAUCUCCAACGAUGUGCCCCACAAGUUUCGAAUCUUCUGAAAAUGGGGACAUCGAUUUUCCCUGCCAAAACUUGAGCCUCCUUGCGAUGGAUAGCUCCGGCUUAGCGACCUGUUUGAGCUCCAAGAUGCAGUCAAAAAUAGUGUCAAACAUUCUCGAAAAAGGCUUGGUUGGCGCAUCUCUUUCUGAGAUAUGGGAAUACGCCUCGCAUUCUCCAAAAGAAGCGCUUUAUGCUUUUUUGAAAAGCUGUUCUCAAUUGACGCCCAUUCAUUUUGCCAGAUUUGUUCACAUCGACUUUGCCUCGCAUUGGUUGAUUCCCGUUUACGACUCUGUCGAUGCCAAUUCAAAAAAGUCUCCCCGUGCCUAUGUGCAGCCUAGGAUUUGGUUGGCAUUAAAUGGCUCUUUUAACGUGGCAAUAUUCGAUGCUGCCUUGGCAAAAAUCUAUGAUUUCAUAAAAGAGCAUCCCGGAGUCUCACUGAAUGAUCUAGUUAAUUUAUUUGAGAAAGUGUGCUUUGAUGUCCUCCAAGAGGGCCUCGUUCACAUCAUUGUGGGCUUUGAUAAGACUCUCGGUCUAUUUCGUAAAGGCGCUAAUUUUACCAGUGCUGAGCAUUCCAGGCUUUCUCCACCGAUAACAUCAAUGGCCAAUACAGAGUCCUUGGGUGCGUUUGAGGCCCAAACAAGAAGCACAGAUGAAUUGGCUGAGCUCUAA